AAUGCCAACACAAGUACUUUUAUCGCAACUUAACAACGUGACUGUCUUUAUGAAGUACAAGUUUUUGCUUUUAGUUAUAAGGAAGAAGGGCAUAGAAAAUGUCCAGCUGCAAAGUGUUACAAACUGAUGUCGCGGCAAGCGAUCUAGAGCGUCAGUUAAAAGCUGAUAUGAAGAAACAAUCCCAACUAAGUAAGGAUGGAUUAACCAUGGAAUGUCCCUCUUGGCUAAAUCAGGAAUAUAUGGAGCAAUGUUUACGAUCGCACUACAAUGACAAUGAAUUGGAAAUAUUGAAAUUUCAAGCCACGCCUUGCCUGGGUAAAGGCGAGAAUUAUUUAGGUGUCUUGACGCGUGUAAAAGUGGAAUUUCUACUGCCCUCGAAGAACGUUACCGAGACCCGUUCAUAUGUUGUUAAAUCUAUGCUGCAGGAUAAAAUUUUUGACGAAGUGUACGGAAGUGAUGUGUUCCUCUGUGAAAUGAUUAUGUAUGAGAAAGUUAUACCAAAGCUGAAAACUUUGCUUAGCGAUAUUAAUGAAACUGAGGAAAUUUUCGCAAGAACUGUAGCUGUCGAUAGGCGAAGAUCAUGUUUGAUUUUUGAAGAUUUAAAUGAACGCAACUAUUUUACGGUGGAUCGUUUAAAAGGUUUAAAUCGAGAGAUUGUCGAAUUAAUGUUAAGAAAAUUGGCCAAAAUGCAUGCAGCUUCCGCUGUAUUAAAUGAGCGUGAAUCUGGUUAUUUGGAAAGUUUUCAGCGCGGUCUGGUUUCUCGUCACAAUGAUAAGAAUUACAGUGUUGUCACGGGCAUGUUUGACGCCUGCAAGAAAUUUGUAGCCCAGUCACCAGGUUUUCAAGAUAUUAGCCAGAAAUUAGAGAAACUUAAAGACAAUUACAUGGAAUUGUGUUUACGGGUUUUUGAUCCCAUGCCUAAUCAUUUAAAUGUUUUAAAUCAUGGUGAUCUCUGGUCUACCAAUAUUAUGGUGAAAUAUGAUCCGGUAUCUGGCAAACCCUUGGAUAUGAUCAUUAUUGAUUAUCAAUUUGUUGUCUGGGGUUCACCGGGCAUAGAUUUGUGGUAUAAUUUUAAUACUUCGCUAGAGGAGGACUUGCAUUUAAACAAACAAGAUGAGUUGAUACAAAAUUAUUACUAUACGUUAAGUGAUACCUUAAAGAAAUUAAGCUUUCAAGGACACAUACCAACGCUGCACGAAUUUCACUUGCAAUUGGAGGAAAAAGCUUUUUACAGACUUCACAGCACCUGUUUCAUUCAACCCAUACAUCGUUGUAUUGAUACUGGGGAUGCUGAUUUCGCGACUCUAAUAAAAAAUACAAAGCAUGCUAUGCAAUUUAAGGAGUCCUGUUACACUAAAAAUCCCUAUUGUCAGCGCAUUAUUAGACAUUUACUCCCCAAAUUCGAGCGGAAAGGUUUACUUUGCCUAAAUCAAUAAUCGAAGAAGAAGCUAAACUCUUUAUCGUCUUACUUGCACCUUCAUUCUCUUAACAAGUCAUGGACACACCACCUCACUCUUCGCCGUCAGAGUAAAAGUUAAGACUCGUUCUGGCAC